ACCACCACAAAAAAAUGCUGAUUUACGGUAUCAGGAUGUCACGUGACGAUGUAAUGACUCAUGUGACUUAAUUGUAAGUCAUGUGAUAUCAAAUUAUUACAAAAAAUGGCGGCUUGCAAGACGGGAGUAAUUUUAUCGGCACUGGCUUUCUUUGGAAUAUGCUAUGGGUUGCCUAGCAUAGUAGAAGUGAGAGAAGAUCCACCAGUAUGGGGUGAGGUAUACAGUGUACAGGGUAUGCUACAGCUUCCAUAUGCAGAAAUUAACGAACCUUUCUCCAGCUGGUAUGACUCAACAAAGAAAAGGAGUAGGAUUGACUACUAUGGAGGUAUGGUCAUGACUAUACAAAGAGCAGACCUUGGUCAGUAUGGGGAGGGUUAUAAAGUUGCCCCACUGUCAACAUACAAAGUUCGAAACUUGAUGAGCUGUUUCAAUAUGCCAGGAUUCUCUGAGGCCCCCGUAGACAUACAGGUCACACUCCCAGAUCUUACUGGAUUUCAGAAAGAACCUGAGCAGCAGAUAAUUGAUGGCAAAUCUUGCGAUGUUUGGAGAAUGGUGGACAAAGAAAACCACAAGACAAACACAUAUACAAUGUGGGUCACCCCAGAGACUAAUUUUCCAGUGCGUUACGAGAUGAUGGGCUUUGAUUCACUACUUGGUUCACAUUACGAUAAAUACAUCAUUGAUUACUCCCAGUAUAACAAAUCUCCUAUACCAGAAACCACCUUUGAAACACCAGCAAACCUAACAUGCGGAGAUUUCCCAGGACCUGGUGAUUCGGUGCACAGAGUUCUCAAUAACCCUAUGGGUGAGUUUAUGAAUCACCAUGUGGACCCUCACCAUGACGACCAUAUUGUCACGAUGUUUGAGCAGUUUAAGAUCACACAUAAACCAGUCUAUGCUCAUGACAAAGAGCAUGCUCAGAGAUUACAUAACUUCAGACAGAAUGUCAGAUAUGUGCAUUCUAAGAACAGACAAGGUUUGACGUACAGACUGGCUCUAAAUCAUCUGUCAGAUAAAAGUCAAAGGGAGCUGAAGCUACGUAAUGGGUACCGACAUACAGCCGGAGACCAUGGUGCACAGGUGUUUGAUAAAUCUACCAUCAACCCUAGGGAUGUACCAGAGUCUAUUGACUGGAGAACCAUUGGUGCUGUAACUCAGGUAAAGGACCAGGGUGUGUGUGGAUCAUGCUGGAGUUUUGGAACAGUUGGUGCUAUAGAAGGUGCUUAUUUUGUCAAGUACGGUGAACGAAAAAGGUUUUCUCAGCAACAGUUGAUAGAUUGCUCUUGGGGUGAGGGAAAUAACGGAUGUGAUGGUGGGGAAGAUUUCAGAUCAUACAUGUAUGUAAUGAAGACUGGUGGUCUCACAACUGAAGAAAUUUAUGGCCAGUAUUUGGCUCAGGACGGUUACUGCCAUGACGACAAAGCUCCGAGUAUGGUGAAAUUGACUGGUUACACAAAUGUCACAGCUUAUGACCAGGAGGCCUUGACCUUUGCCAUUGCCAGCAAGGGACCAGUCUCAGUUGCCAUUGAUGCCUCCCAUAAGUCCCUGUCGUUUUAUGCUGACGGUGUUUACUUUGAGCCAGAAUGUGGAAGCAAGCCAGAUCAGUUGGACCAUGCAGUGUUAGCGGUCGGCUACGGGGAAAUGGGUGGUCAGAAAUACUGGCUCAUCAAGAAUUCAUGGUCGACGUACUGGGGAAAUGACGGAUAUGUUCUCAUGUCACAGAAAGACAACAACUGUGGUGUCGCAACUGCCCCUACUUUCGUAACUCUUGCAUAAAUUAUGUUAAUCUAAUUUACUGAAAAGAAAUUAUAUAAGAAAACAGCUAAAAUGUACAAUGUUAAAAUGUAUCUUCUUUUAAGCAUUGUUGUAAUUAAUAUGUAUCACAUUUUUUUUUUCAAAUCAAGAAAACCUGCUUAGUCCUUUUAUAUUAUAAAAAUACCCAAAAAUUUAAAUAUUUAAAGACUCAUUGUAAAAUUAUACAUCAACUUUUGACUUGGAGCUAUGUGUUUGACACAUUUGUUUUCUUCAAUAAAAUUGUUAUUAAAUCAUAAGCAUUCCAAAAAAUUGUUCCAUAACAUGUGAAUAUAAUAAAAAUAGUGUUGAAAUAAGUGCUUUUUGAAAUGUUUUAAAAUAUGUGCUUUUCACUCUGAAUAUUAGAAUUGUUUGUAGUCCCUUGUCCCGACAUGUGUGUGUAAGUGUGUGAAGUACAUAUCAUGGGUAUGUAAAAUAGAAGUGCUGUAAUAUUUGCAUUUUACCCCUUUAAGUCAUUCUUAUUUGGCUUUUAUUUUUCUACUUUUGACAAAUUGAUUUCCGUAUGUUUGUGAUUUGGAUAGGAUUGAAAGAUGUAAAUAAAAAGUAGAAAAUGCAAAUAAAAACUGUAAAUUGGAUAUUUCUUUUGUAAGAUCUUAUCAUAUUUGGUUUGUUGGAUACAAAACAACAGGAAGUUGGCGUUCAGCAAAAGAUAAUGCUCAAACAAAUUUUUGUUCUUCAUUUCAAGAAAUGGAAAUGUAUUCUUUAUCAACAUGUUAGGCAUGUAAAUAUGAUAGUUUUGUAUACAUGGUCAAGUAAAUGUUCUGGGAUUAAACAUGAUAAAAUAAAUAUUUGUGUUUAAAGAUAUAAAUUAUGCUCAAUUUGGGAUGGGGACGUGAAGUCUCUUUAUUAACUGUUAGGGAGGUGUGCCUCAGUGGAUGGGAUGGUGUAAUGUAAAUGUGAUAUUUUUUCAUUUUUUUUUUCAGAAACAAUUUACUUGUAAAUAUAACUUUUGAGGGUGUUUAAAGUGUCAUACUUUGUAAGGGACAUUUACAUGCACUUUUGAUCGUGCAAUCAAAGUCAUAUUGUGUAAUUUAUCUUAAACACAUAUUAUUUGUUAAUUGUUUCUGAUUUACAUGAGAUUAUGUAUUUAUUCCUACAUGCUAUGCAAAUUUAUUGAUAAUGAACAACACUUAUGUACUGCUUUGUUAUUUUCUGUUGACAUACUAAUUUUUGCACAUGUAUGUUACUGUAUUCUAUUAAACAGUGAAAAAUUGUUGAAAAUAACAGUCAUUAUUCAUUUAUAAUCAAAUGAAAAAUAUUUUUGUGUAGUACAGUGCAACUUGUACAUGUGAUACUAGGAUUGAUGCGCUAAAUAUAAUACAAUAUGUAUUAAAUCAAAGCUGUUAUAAAAACAAGGCUAAAUCAUAAAUAUGUUCAAUUUUGAUAAAAUGUUUCUUUGGCAAAUUUUUUAGUCAGUGUCUGAUAUUAAUGAGGUCCCAGUGGUUUCAAGGUUUUAUUUUGAAUUUAAUUUCCAUGGCAGUGCAUUUAAGAUUAAGUAAGUCUCAUUUUGGGGUUAAAGCCAUAUUUGAGAACUUGUUUGGAGGUAAUAUAUCCAUAUCACAUAUGUCAUUUUGAGGUUUUUUUAUAGUUAAUCUAGAGAUAUUAUUUUUAUUAAAGCAAAAAUGAGAGAUCUUAUUUUGAGGUAAUAGCCUUAUCAGAUAUCUCAUUUUGAGGUUAUAGUUAAAUUAGAGAUCUCAUAGCCAUAUCGGAGAUUUCACUUUGAGGUUAUCAGUUAAACAUAUUAUUAUAUGUAUUAUAGAUCUUUUUCAAUAUCAAAAUGUUCUCUUUAAAUUAAUAACUUCCCAUUCUGUACAGUAUAAAAUGAAUCUUUUCAAGAGGCUUUUAUUUUAUCUGAUCCUGGUAAAUAUAGUAUUGUUUCACAGUGUGUAAUAUCAUAAAAUAAUAGAGUGGUCAGUAUGGGCAUAGUGCACAGUACUACAAGUACAUUGUCUGAUAAUUAUUUAAUUUGUCUUGUUACAAUUAAUGAAAAAGUUUAAUAUACAUGUACUAGCUUUGGGUUGAUGGUUAGUAUUUUUGUAAACUUUUUGACAUUAAAGUUAAAAAUAUA